UCUGAAGGUUCUGAAGAUCCAGAAAGAGAGUGAAACACGCCCGCCCGAUGUUAUGUGAUCAGCUGUCAUAUUGUGGUACAGAUUGUAAUUCGCUACUCGGUUAUGAUAAUUAAUUUCUCAUAUAUUUAGAAUGCUUCGUUCGGUAGCUUGCUUAACAAUCCGGCAUCUAUCUCGUGUCCCACUUUCUACCGGAGUCAUAUCGAAACCCGUAACUGACAUCAGUGCACUCUCGAGAAAUUUUUCCACUCUUCUGCAGAUUAGCAAUGCUGCGGGGCAGCGCACUCCAUUCACGAUCACGGCCCAGGUUGGUCUACUAGCGAAUCCUCAAGUCCUGAACACAGCGAAAUGCAUUGCGCCCAACCAACAGCUUCAGCCCUCCCGCACGGUCAUAAAAUUCUCCAGACAGAAAGGCAAAAGGAAAACCGUCAAAGCGGUUAUAAAGCGUUUCAAGAGACUCGACUGGGGCGGAUGGAUCCGCACCAAGGCUGGCCGACAUAAGCAUCUGUGGAAGAAAUCUGCGGCACGAAAACGGCGUCUGCGACAGCACGUGUUUGUCAACUCCCAGCAAGCGACCCUACUGGAUAAGAUGGUCACCAAGUAUUGGAAGAGACCAAAGCACUACAUCAACGAUCCGUACACGCCGUAUCACACAAGGGAAGAAUUGCGGGAAACGCGGCGCAACCCAUUGCAAUAUUAGACAGCAUUGUUAUGGGGCUUUCUCUAAGCGUAAAUAAAGUAUUCGUUCGAAAUGUAUAAUCAAAGCGCGUUAGCAAU